CAGUGUUGACAAGCAGGCAGGCAGGCAGACCCUCCAUGGAGCCGACAGCCAUUAGCCAGACCCCGACCCUCUGAGGCUUCCAGCGAUCCACGCCUGCGCCGAUCCUCCCGUCUUUCUAUCAUUUUUCUGCAGAUUCAUCCUCUGCUGCAUCGCAGCUGAACAUCCACCGCAUCCUCAGCCGUAAACUGGCUGGAAAUGCAGCACAAACCUGCAGCAUAACGCUCUAUUUUCAAUAAUCUGCAGCUCAGCUGAGUGUGACGUCAUUUUUGUUGUUUUUCGUGGCGAUAUGAAGAUGGGGAGCAUCAGGGCAUUUCUGCGGCUGACCAGGCGCGGCAUGAAGCUGGAGCGGCUCAGAGAGCUCGGUCGGCAGUACCCCGUCUUCUGUUUCCUGCUGCUGCUCCUGCUGCUCUCCACUCUGCUUUUAAAUAGAUACAUCCACAUAAUCAUGGUGUUUUGGUCCUUCCUGGCCGGGGUGGUCACCUUUUACUGCUCACUGGGGCCUGAGUCUCUGCUGCCAAACAUCUUGGUGUCCAUUAAACCAAAGGCGAAGUCCUUCCAGCAGGAGCUGUUUCCCCUCGGCCACAGCUGUGCUGUUUGUGGAAAGAUUAAAUGUAAAAGACACAGACCAACUUUGUUACUGGAAAAUUAUCAACCAUGGCUUGACCUGAAAAUACCCUCUAAGGUGGACGCUUCCCUAUCUGAGAUCCUGGAACUUGUCUUAGAAAAUUUUGUAUAUCCUUGGUACAGGGAUAUCACGGAUGACGAGUCUUUUGUCGACGAGCUGAGGGUGACUUUACGCUUCUUUGCAGCUGUUUUGGUCCGCCGAACUCAAAAAGUGGAUGUUGCUUCACUCAUCACCCAAAAGCUUCUGAAAGUUUCCAUGAAACACAUUGAAAUCAUCAGCAAAGCCAGACUGAAAGUAAAAAACACAGAGUAUCUUCAACAAGCUGCCCUGGAUGAGUACGGUCCUGAUCUCCACGUAGCGCUCCGUAGUCGCAGAGACGAGCUUCUCUACCUCCGGAAGCUGACUGAGAACCUCUUCCCUUACAUCCUGCCGCCCAAGGCAACAGACUGCCGAUCUCUAGCUCUCCUGAUUAGAGAAGUCUUGGCCGGUUCCGUCUUCCUUCCUUCGAUGGACUAUUUGGCGGAUCCAGACACAGUGAAUCAUUUAAUUUUGAUAUUCAUUGACAACUCCCCUCCCGAAGAAGCAACAGAGCCAACUUCAACACUUGUUCCAUUUUUACACAAGUAUUCUGAUUCUCGCAACAAAAAGCCUUCAGUGCUUAAGCUGGAGUUGAAGGAAAUCAGAGAACAGCAAGACCUCCUCUUUCGCUUCAUGAACUUCCUGAAACAAGAAGGAGCUGUGCAUGUGCUCCAGUUCUGUCUCGCAGUCGAGGAAUUCAAUGAUAGGAUUCUUUGCCCUGAGCUUUCGGACUCGGAGAAGAUGAUGCUGCAUGAAGAGGUGAAGAAGAUCUAUGAGACUUACUGCUUGGAUGAGAGCGUCGACAAGAUCCGCUUCGACCCUUUUAUAGUGGACGAGAUCCGCAACAUUGCAGAGGGCCCGUUUACAGAAGUGGUGAAACUGCAGACCAUGAGGUGUUUGUUUGAAGCCUAUGAGCAUGUGCUGUCCCUCCUGGAAAAUGUUUUCACCCCCAUGUUCUGUCACAGCGACGAGAAUGUCCACCCUGACUACCAUACUGCCUGCCCUGAUACGACCCUCGGUUCCUUUCCCUCCGCUUCCUCUGUGGGGACAUAUAGCUCCUGGGACUGGAGCCCCGAGUCCCCGUCCUCACUCUUCACCGCCUCUGGCAGCUCCUCACCUGCAUCUUUUACCUCCCUCCAUGCCCAGCCCACGUUCACAAACUUCCCAUACGGCUCGCAAUCCCACCGCCACUCAUCGCCCAAGAACACGUCAAAGAGGGGCGAGUCCUUCGGGAUCAGCCGCAUUGGCAGUAAGAUCAAAGGAGUGUUCAAAAGCACGACCAUGGAGGGCGCCAUGCUGCCGUCCUACGGGCUGGUGGAGGGAGAGGAUGAUAUGGUAGAGGAAGCCAUGAUGGUGCUUGAGGAUGACUCCCCCAUGGAGGCAGCAUCCACACCCAGCACCCCUCGAAACCUCUCAGCCUGGAACAUCACCAUCCCCUACAUCGAUUUCUACGACGACGACGUGAAGAGGGAGAGGAUUCCUGUCUUCUGUAUCGAUGUGGAGCGCAAUGACAGGAAAGCAGUGGGUCAUGACAGUGAGCACUGGUCGGUCUACAGGAGGUAUCUGGAGUUUUAUGUGCUGGAAUCAAAGCUAACUGAGUUUCACGGUUCAUUUCCAGAUGCUCAGCUGCCCUCUAAGAGAAUAAUCGGCCCAAAGAAUUAUGAGUUCCUAACAUCCAAGCGGGAGGAGUUUGAGGAAUACCUUCAGAGACUUCUGCAGCACCCUGAGCUGAGCAACAGCCAGCUGCUGGCUGACUUCCUGUCUCCUCAUAGCAUGGAGUCCCAGUUUCUGGACAAGAUGCUGCCUGAUGUGAACCUUGGGAAAAUAAUAAAGGCUGUGCCCAGCAAACUGAUCAAAGAGAAAGGGCAGCACCUGGAGCCUUUCAUCCAGUCUUUCUUCAACUCCUGUGAAUCUCCCAAACCCAAACCCAGCCGACCUGAACUCACCAUCCUGAGCCCCACGUCGGAAAACGAUAAAAAGCUCUUCAAUGAUCUUUUCAAAAACAACGCCAACCGCUCAGAGCUGACAGAGAAGAGACACAACCAGAACUACUUCAUGGAGAUGAUUACAGUCGAAGGGGUCUAUGAUUAUUUAAUGUAUGUGGGGCGGGUUGUGUUUCAUAUCCCUGACUGGUUGCAUCACUUGUUAAUGGGCGGCAGAAUCCUGUUCAAGAACACCCUGGAGGCCUAUACAGAUUAUUACCUUCAGUUCAAACUGAACCAGGUGGUCCAGGAGCACCGGCUCGUCUCACUCAUCACCCUGCUUAGAGACGCAGUUUUCUGCGAGAGCAGUCCGCCCCGCUCGGCCCAGGACAAACAAAGCAGAGCGAAGAGGACGUUUGAGGAGAUGAUGAGCUAUAUUCCAGAUUUUUUAGGGAAGUGUAUCGGAGAGGAGGCCAAAUAUGAAGGAGUUCGCCUUCUCUUUGAUGGACUGCAGCAGCCGGUUCUUAACAAACAGCUGACUUAUGUGCUGCUGGACAUCGUCAUUCAAGAAAUGUUUCCAGAACUAAACAAGCAGGUACAGAAGGAAGCCCCUGUGAUGGCUCCAUGGAUGUAAAUCGGACUGUUCUACCUUCAUCCCAAGAGGUUUUGAGUCGAGGGUCAUCACGAGCGGACAGCACCAGUGUGUCUCA